AUGUCUCAUAAGUUAUCUAAUUCAACGGAGAUGCUUCCGGUGUCAGAUCCUCCGAGCGACGAAGACCGGGAGAGGCUUCUCCAAGGCGAUGAUAAGAUCUUUAGAGGUUCUUCCAUGUCUAAACGAGGAUUUUUCGCUGCUAUUUCUUACAUGUCAUGCGCUGUGCUAUUGGUGAUGUUUAAUAAGGCAGCUCUUUCGUCUUAUAAUUUUCCAUCUGCAAAUUUCAUUGCACUUCUUCAGAUGGUAUGUUCGUGUUGUUUUCUCUAUGUAUUGAGGUACAGGAGAAUAAUUUCUUUCACAUCUAGUGAAGCAGAAAUUAUAUCAGAAAACUCAAAAAUAUUUGUGCCAUUGAAGACUUUGUGGCAUACUUUUCCUAUUGCAGGAUCAUAUUUACUUUAUAUGUUAGUCACCAUGGAGUCUGUUCGUGGAGUAAAUGUUCCAAUGUAUACCACCCUUAGGAGGACCACAGUAGUAUUUACGAUGCUUGUGGAGUAUAUGCUGGUGGGGCAAAGGUAUACACGUUCUAUAAUUUUCAGUGUUGGCUUGAUUGUCUUUGGUGCAUUUAUCGCUGGAGCGCAGGAUUUAUCUUUUGAUGCCUACGGUUAUGCCAUUGUUUUCCUGUCAAACAUCAGUACAGCUAUAUAUCUUGCAACGUUAGCCCGUGCUGGAAAAACUAGUGGCCUUAAUAGCUUUGGUCUUAUGUGGUGCAAUGGUAUCAUAUCCGGGCCUCUUUUGUUUAUUUGGACAUUAUUUCGGGGUGACUUGACGAUGACUAUUAAUUUUCCUCAUCUUCUUUCAAUUGGUUUUAUUGUUGUUUUGCUUUUAUCCUGCAUUCUCGCUUUCUUCCUGAACUACAGUAUCUUCCUGAACACAACUUUGAAUUCAGCUCUGACACAAACAAUUUGUGGUAAUAUGAAGGAUCUAUUUACUAUUGGCUUUGGCUGGAUAAUUUUUGGUGGGCUACCAUUUGAUUUUUGGAAUGUUAUUGGACAAUCUCUCGGAUUUGCGGGUUCUGGUUUAUAUGCCUACUAUAAACUCAUUGGCAAAUAG